GAAAUAUUUCCGAUUACGGGGAAUCUUGUUUGGCCCGUUUUGAGUAUAUGGUGAGAUCAUCCUUUCUAAGAAUUAUCAAGUGAAAUAUUUAGCUACGAUAAUGCCCGGCAUAAAGAUCACUGAUGAGGAUCAAAAGAACCUUGAACAGGCAUUGAUCUGUACUCUGUGCAAACUGCUGUUGAAAAAUCCUAUUCAGACCGACUGCGGGCAUUUGAUUUGUAAAACUUGUGUUCAGAUAGUACUAAGUUGGUCAAACCCAAAAUGCCCAGAGGAUGGAACAAAACUCAAGGAGGAAGAACUGUUCCCGGAUAAAUUUAUUAAACGCAAACUCGGAGACUUGAACUUUCAUUGUCUUGAUGCUAGCUGUGGCUGGUUUGGAUGUUAUAAUGACAUUCAAAUUCAUACAAGUACAAUGUGUAAGAGUGUUCUUGCAAUUUGCAAAUUUAAAUCAUCGAGAAUGGAUAUUGAGCGACAAAAGGUUGUGUGUGAAGUGAUCACAGGAGAAUACGAAUUUCAUCCUAUGGACUACAACCACGAUGAGACACGGAACGGUACCUUGGUGUGGAAGAUUGAGGGCUAUGAGAGGAAGCGAGAGGAUGCGAUCAAUGGAAGAAGGGCCGUCUUGUACAGUCCACACUUCUACAGCGCUCAGUUUGGCUACAAAAUGUGCGCAAAAAUCUACUUCAACGGCAACGGAUUAGGAGAAAUGUCUCAUUUAUCUUUGUUUAUUGUUGUGAUGAGAGGUGACCACGACGAACGCCAAUCUUGGCCAUUUCAGAAAAAAAUCACCAUGAUGUUAAUGAAUCAAGCGGGUGAUGGUAAUCACGUCGUUGAUACAUUUCAUGCUGAUCCAGAAAGCUCAUCAUUCCAACGUCCCGAGUCUGAUAUGAAUGUGGGAUCAGGUUACCCAUUGUUCAUGCCUAUUGAUUGUUUAAAGCAUCGUCAACAUGUAAAGAAAGAUGUUAUGAUAAUCAAGAUCAUCGUGGAAUAGCUGUGAAUUGGGGAGUGUAUUAAAAUAGUCGACCUUUUGAGAUUAACCUAGUGUUUUGAAGCUGCAUUUUAUGCCCCUUAAGGCUGGUUCUCUUUAUCUCACCGACAUUUACUGAUGAAUGAAAUACUUUGCUAUUUUGAAAACAGUUUUUCGUCUUCAGUCAGCAACAAUUCAUCGGCUGGACUGGAUAAAGUCCGGUUCUCAUGCAUGCAGUAGAUCACUGAUAGUCAGUGAUGCCUAUCGUCGGUGAUUACUGCAUGAAUAUUUUAUGAGAACCAGGUUUAAUCAAUAAAGCUUCAUUUCAAUUAGCCUUAAGCACCAACUAUACGUUCAUUGUACCGUGAACGCAUAUUCAGCCAAAAAACGUGUAACAAUUAGGUUAAUUUCACAAGGUCUACUAUAAAUUGAUACACUCUCUGGCUAUAAUACCUAUAUCCUUCAAAAAAGGCCUAUUCUUAAAACUUAGGUUAGCCAAAAGUAUUUUGAUUUAAUGGCCUGCGCUUGCCAGAAAAUUCCAAGUUAGAAUUUCAAAGACUAGCCUUUUUAGGGUGUCCCCCCAAACUAUUGAAAUAAACUAUUGUUAGAUUUUGAAUGCUCUGAACUCACGAGUGGACAAAUCAUUAUUUCUAUAUCCGACAAAAAAGCUAAAAUCUACGGGCGUGUGUUCUAAACCUAAUCAAAUUUUCCUUGCUUUUAAAUUUAAACCCACAUGAACAAAUUUUAUUUGACAAUCUUAAUAACAAUAACAAUAAAAAAUUUACUAAAAAACCUAGGGCAUUUAAAUUCCAACAAUAGGGGAAUUCAAUAGUUUUGGGUUCUUUGGGACGACCUGUAUAUCAAAAUUAAGAGAGCAACGAAUAAUGGGUAACUCGACAUAUAAUGUUCUAUACAGGAGGAAAUUUUCUCCGCCACACUGAUGGGCCGAUGAAAAGCAUUUACGUGAUGUAAUAUUAGCGGUUUACAAGUUAAAUCAUCAUGCUGUCAAGCCUAAUUGAAGCAUAAUCAGCUGUCAGCCAUCGUUAGUUACCCAUUAUUUGUUCUAGCUCCAUUUAAAAACAUUUUGAAGGAUACAACGAACUCGAUUAGAAUCGCUUUAUGACUGCCUUAGAAAAGGCAUGAAACUUUCUGGCGAUUUUAUACGCAUUGUUUUACUUUUAACUUAAUUAAAGCUAGAUUUACGUAUUAUUAGCAUGCAGGAUAUUGUAAUAACAAUUUGCACGUACAUAAUGAUGCUUUAGUUUGGGAUAUAUUUUAAAUGACAUAAUGUGCAAAAGUUUUAAGUCAUACCAUUACCCACUGAGUUAUAAUAUAACUCAGUGGUCACACCUGGUAUUCAUCAUGACUUCAUUAUUACAGUUAAUACAAAAUGUGUUUGCAAGCAAACACGGUAACCCAAUAAAAUAAUUUAUCAUAUAAACAUUUGAAAUAUCUGAAAGUUCUGAAAGACAAACUAACACAACAUUUAGACAAAGUUGUGAUCAUUAGGGUAUGACCCACUAAACGUCUGCACAUUGUUGUAUAAUUACAAUAUUAUUACA